CCGGGUCUGAGUUUAAGAAAGACAGAGCGGCGGGUUUCUCUCUUGAUUUGCUUCUAUACUCUUUGUGUCCGCGGUGGCGGGCGACUAGACAACGUGUCUAUGUAACCUUAAGCAAAUUUAUAACAUGACUGUGGAGAGAAAUCAAUGGAAGACACGAAGGAGCAGCGUUUACUGAAUUGCAGAAAAAUAUUUCAGCUUGUUUUCAACUUCCUGGUGCUGAGGGAGGCAGGUGAAAACCAGGUGGAAAGGAAACCUAAACCGAGACAGACAUUUGGAGGAAAAGCAGCCGGGGUGCGAUGGAGCAGCAGGAGUUCAAGUUGGAUGACGGCAGAAAGCACAGGCAGUAGGCUGCCAACAUGGCCAUUCCCAGGGGACAUCUUCCUCCCUCUCCUUGGCCUCCUCUCUUCCUCCUCCUCCUCUUCCUCCUCCUCCUCAUCUCCUCCCCGCUCCCCCUGCAGGCCCGGCCGCUCCUCCUCCACCCGUCCAUCAACGUGGCGGUGGUGUUCAGUGGCUCCAGCUACCAGAAUGAGGUCAGAGGUCGUCUCAGCGGGGAAAACUUUGUCGACCUGCCCGUGGUGGUCAGCCCGGUGACCGUGCUGGUCAACGACACCAACCCGCGCGACCUGCUGACACGCCUCUGCGACACCAUGGCAACGGAGAAGCUUCACGGCGUGGUGUUCGAGGAUGAUGUGGGCUCUGGUGCCGACGCUCAGGUGGCAGAAGUAGCACAGAUCCUGGACUUCCUCUCCACUCAGACAGCUCUACCAAUUGUGGGCAUCAGCGGCGGCUCUGCAGUUGUCAUACCGUACAAGGCUGAGGGGUCCUCCUUCCUGCAGAUGGGAGCGUCUCUGGAGCAGCAGAUUGUCUGCAUGUUCAAGCUCAUGGAGGAGUAUGACUGGGGCGAGUUUGCGGUGAUCACCAGCCUGCUGCCGGGCUACGACACCUUUGUGGAUAUAGUUCAGUCCUACACAGAUACCUCCUAUUUCCUGUGGAAUCUACAGGAUAUCCUGUCUCUGGAAAUGUCUGUUGGGGCCAAUGAUGUGAAAACCAAACGCAUGCUGCAGCAGGUGGACUCCCGAGUCCUGCUGGCGUAUUGCUCCUACGAGGAGGCGCAGUACCUGUUUAGUCAGGCAGCUGAGGUGGGUCUGCUGGGGCCAGGCUACAUCUGGAUCCUCCCCAGUCAGGCCGUGGGCAACCCCGACAGCCCUCCACCUGUCAGCUUCCCCGUCGGUGUUAUUGGUGUGAUCACGGAGCAGUGGAGGAAGAGCUUGCGGCAGAGGGUGAGGGAGGGCGUCGCCAUCGUAGCUAAAGGGGCCGAGAGCUUCAAGAAGCAGUACGGGUUUAUUCCUGAGGGACAUGGUGACUGCACCAAACUGGCUAAACACUCAGACAACAACACUCUGUUCAGGCACAUGCUGAAUGUGACGUGGGAAAGGAGAGAUCUGUCAUUCAACAGCCAAGGCUUCCUCUCCAACCCUGCCUUGGUCAUCAUUGCUCUGGACCGAGAGAGACUCUGGGACAAGGUGGGUACGUACGCUCGAGGGAUCAUUCAGGUUCGCUACCCGGUCUGGCCUCGAUACGGCAGCUUCCUGGAGCAGGUUUCCGAUGACCGUCACCUGACCGUGGCCACGCUGGAGGAGCAUCCCUUCGUCAUGGUGGAGAACGUGGACCCGGGCACCGGCACAUGUGUCCGCAACACGGUUCCCUGCAGGCGCCAGUCCAAUCUCACAGAUAGUAUUAUCGGCCACUCUGAGUCCUACACCAAACUGUGCUGCAAGGGCUUCUGUAUAGACAUCCUGAAGAAACUGUCCCGCACUAUCAAGUUCUCCUACGACCUCUACCUGGUCACCAACGGGAAACAUGGCAAGCUGGUCCGUGGGACUUGGAACGGCAUGAUUGGGGAGGUCGUGUACAGACGAGCUGACAUGGCCAUUGGCUCUCUCACUAUCAACGAGGAACGCUCGGAAAUCAUCGACUUCUCCGUGCCGUUUGUUGAGACAGGCAUCAGCGUCAUGGUAGCCCGCAGCAACGGGACGGUUUCCCCAUCUGCCUUUCUUGAGCCCUACAGCCCAGCAGUUUGGGUCAUGAUGUUUGUGAUGUGCCUCACUGUGGUGGCGGUGACAGUUUUUGUGUUUGAAUACUUCAGUCCAGUCGGCUACAACCGCAGUCUAGUCAGCGCCAAAGCUCCUGGUGGUCCAACGUUCACCAUCGGGAAGUCGGUGUGGCUGCUGUGGGGCAUUGUCUUCAACAACUCGGUCCCCAUUGAAAACCCCAAAGGAACGACCAGUAAGAUCAUGGUUCUGGUCUGGGCCUUCUUUGCUGUCAUCUUCCUGGCCUCGUACACUGCCAACCUGGCUGCCUUCAUGAUUCAGGAGCAAUAUAUCGACACCGUGUCUGGGCUCUCUGACAAGAAGUUCCAGAAACCACAGGAGCAUUACCCUCCUUUCCGCUUCGGGACGGUCCCAAACGGGAGCACGGAGAGGAACAUCCGCAGCAACUACCCCGACAUGCACACACACAUGAUGAAGUACAACCAGAAGGGGGUGGAAGAAGCUCUAGAAAGCCUCAAAACCGGAAAGCUGGAUGCCUUCAUCUACGAUGCUGCUGUUUUGAACUACAUGGCGGGGAAGGAUGAGGGCUGCAAGCUGGUGACCAUCGGCAGCGGGAAAGUGUUUGCCACCACGGGAUACGGCAUCGCUCUGCAGAAGGACUCCCGCUGGAAACGGCCUAUUGACCUGGCGCUGCUGCAGUUCUUAGGAGACGGUGACACCCAGCGCUUGGAGACGGUGUGGCUGUCGGGCAUCUGCCAGAACGAGAAGAACGAAGUGAUGAGCAGCAAGCUGGACAUCGACAACAUGGCGGGCGUCUUCUACAUGCUGCUGGUGGCCAUGGGCCUCAGCUUGCUGGUCUUUGCCUGGGAACACCUGCUUUACUGGAAACUACGACACUCCCUCCGCAAGUCUCACAAACUUGACUUCCUGCUGGCCAUCAGUAGGGGUAUUUACAGUUGUUUCAACGGCGUGGAGGAUCCUGGGCGUUCCUCUGGUUUGGCCAAACCCGACCUGACCUCCAACUACGCUCAAGCUAACAUGCUGAAGAUGCUUCGCACUGCCAAGGACCUGGUCUCCACUGCCAAUGUUGAGACCUCUCUGGACAACGCCACCAAGACCAUAGAGCAUUUGAGUCGUCAUGGCGGCAGUUUGCCUGUUCGUAUCCCGCAAGUCGCCACGGAGGCCGUACCGGGAGGAUUUGCUUACAUUACGGAGAAUCACUGCUCGCUGACCCCACCUCUGACUGCUGUUACUUCUCUGAAACAGCAGAGGGGUGUAACCAGGCCCACGCCACUGCGCUACACGCUCCCGACACGCUCCACUUCAUGUCUGUAUGACAGGCCACUUCCUGUGUCCAGCCUCAGCAGCCCCCACCUGGCCGUGGGCGAACCGCUCCCUCAUCAGCACCCACACCACUACCAGACGACUGGGAGACUUUACGUAGACACCCAUCCUCACUCACCCUUCAUCCCCUACACUGACCUCCAACUACCUGACAUCUACGCCUCUCACCCGCUCUCCUCGCCUCAAAACCAGCACCUCCAAGCGGGCUUCUCCCGACGGAAAAGGAGGUCCAAGAGCUUCCAGUGUGAGGAUGGGGACGUAGGGAGAACACAGAGGGAGCAGGAAAAGAAUGACACAAGUCCCGUCUAUAUGAGCGAGCUCAAAGCCAACCACCUCCAAGACAACCACAUCUCCGCCCCAAGCGUUGACAACAUCUACACAGGGGAGGGGAUGUGUCCUCGGGUGGAGAACUACAGCUCCUGGCCCCCAGAGGAUCUGGUGCUGAGAGGGAGACGCAGGCACCGCCGCCCCUCUUUCCUUAAAGCGACAUGGGGCAGUGAGCAGAUGCGCCAGCUCGACGAAUCCCAGUCAUCCCUGUCCAGCCAAUCACCUUCCACCCUGCCGGACUUGUUCCCAUGCAUUCUUACACCGACCACACCCGCAAAGCCCCACAACCCCGCCCACCUUCGAAACAACCUGUGCCUCCCGCGGAACCAGGCCUACCUCCACAUACGGGAGGACCAGAGGAGGCCCAAUGGGCGUAAGGGCCAGAGGCUGCGCUACUCCCACUCCACCCACCUCCCCACGUACGGAGAAGCAGUGCGACACGGAGCUGGGUUAGGGCGGGGGAUGGUACGCAGAGCCACCAGCUUGCUCAGCAGACAGUACGCCCACUACCUGAACUCAUACCCUGGACUACCCCUCUACCACGGCCCCCUGGACCUGCAGCACCACAGCCAGGCCUCCAGCGGCCACCCGAGCCCAGUGUGCCAGCUGCUGGCUUGUGGUGGCGGGAGAUGUGGAGGCCAGCGGGCUCUGCUGUACCAGGACAGUGUGUAUGGGGCCUAUGGGGUCUAUCAGGGAUCCCAGACUGGUUCAGAGGCCCUGGGAGGUCAGGGAGCAGGGGGCCAGCCUGUGGGGAGCCCCUGCGUACUCCGUCCCUGGCGACGGGUGUCCAGUCUGGAGUCUGAGGUGUGAUGGGAGAAGGACCUCCUAAGAUGGACGCUGUGGAGUAACAGAGACUCUUUCACAUGACCACUGUGGAGAGGAGGGAGUGGUUAGAUUAACGUACGAGGGAGAAACCAUGACUUGAAGUAAUCGUUUAUUUUCUAUGUGACUGUGGUAAAAGAUAGAAGUUUGGGUCUGCAAAACGUACAGAUGUUUAGGACUUUUUUGAUGUAUACUACAGUAAGAUAAGAAGACUGCACUGUUACCAAGUUAUCCUCGAGACACGUGCGGAAGGCUGGGGUGGGCAGGUUUUACUCACUUGCUACUUUCCUACGACAACGCUUGUGUGUUUUCUGUGCUUUAAUGUGCACUAAGAUUUACAACAGUCCACGGUGUUGGCGCAUGGUUAAACUAUAACCAGAGUUUUCAUGCUGUGUGUGUGUGUUGUGUAUAUUUUAUCGUGGAUGGUUGGGAUUCAGUCUUGGGUGUAGUCGAGUUGAUGAACUGUUUACAGCUGAGGAGAAGUAGCGGAGGGAUAAGGUAUUGUCUCUUUAAAUACAGCCACCAAAAAAACAAGCAGCCACUGUAGCAAGACUGGUGAAGACAGCUGCGGCGACGUCAUAAAGAGUUUAAUUCCAAAAUUCAGUAUUAAAGCAUUUUGAAUCCAGACUAUGAAGAAUAUUUUUCACCGGUUACUUAUGUCGGUCAAUGGGUAAAUUUUGCUUCUCUUCAGUUUACUGCACUACGCACCACCCUGGAGAGAGAACACCGGCUCAAAGUGCCGUCAGGUCUCCACUGUGAUGCAGUUUGGAUUGGAACUGGAAUGGGUAAGAGCUAGCAGUACCGCUCAUUCUGCGCUUACCGCUAGUAACGCCGUUCUGACCCAGCAGUGUUGCCCUGGAAACAUUUUGCCCACCAUCCAGUCUCCCCCAGGGUAAUCCCAGUAAGUAAGUAGCUAAGUUAACCCUUUGCUAAGACCCGCCCCUUUGUGAUGAUCCGUUAAGUUGCCAGAGCGAGCAAAGAGCCCACACUGUAACUAACUGCACUCCCUGAAGAAAUAUUAUCAUAUUUUUGGAAAAAUGAAACAAUGAUUCCAGAGAGAAGCAGACAGAGGGGUCUACAGUCUGUGUUUGAAGGAUAUAUCCAGGAUGUCAAACUGACUCAGCAGCAACAACAGGUUAAAAACUGUUACUAAAGUCUAACCUUCAGAUCACAGUGUAAAAAUGAACCACCACAGCACUGGUGAUAGAGACAGGAAACAGUGAAAUUAAAGGGAAACUUUGCUGAUUUUCAACCAGCUAUGUGUCAUUGCAGUGUGUGCAGAUGAACGGUGUUUGACUUCCCUUGCGGGCACACACUGCAAUGACACAAAGUUUCCCUGCUUCCCUUCACUGGUUCCUGUGCAGCAGGGUCGGUCUUUGUUUCACUGUUAGAAUCAUUAAAAAGCAAAAGCAGCAUGUGUAUACAUUCAGUAGGCUAUAUCUUCAGAGCUAGCUAGCUAACCCUACACUUUUCAGGGUUUGAUUUUGGUUUUGGAACAGGGAAGAAACGUAGAUCUUUUUCCAACCUCUCCAGGUAACAAGUAUCAUUAAUACACGACGUGCCCCAGGCACAACAUUUAGCUCCAAUAUCCACAAAACCAGCCUGAAAAUGAAGGAAAUCUGAAACUACUGCAUUAGAGUCAAUGGAGCACAGCUGUGUUGUUGUCGGACCCUGGUCUGAGCCGGCCUGAUGAUACGUUACGACUGGCCGGUCUGCUUAUGAGGGGCGGAAGUUAACAAAGGGUCAAUUGUGAGCUGCAAAACCCCUUUAGCAUUGUUUGCUUCUGUUAGCUCUGUUAGCAGUGUCAGUAUGGCUAGUGGUGUUAACAUAGUUAAUGAUGCUAAGAGGGUUUUGCAGCUCAAAAUGUAGCCGCUUAAUUACCAGGGCUACCAGGUUUGAGAUGGGGGUGGCCAGUGUUUCCGUAGCAUGUCUUCCCGCCACCAGGACAGUGUUACCAGUUGUAAUCGCACUGCUAGCUAGCUCCCAAGCCAAGGCUAACAUUAGCCUUGUUAGCUAACCAAUGGAAGCUCAUGCUAAUGUUAGCUAACCAACAGAGACCAGAGGGUGGGCAGUGGGCACUAUGUUUCCACUUUAAGCCGGGCUAGCUGUGUGGCUAGCCAGUUGUCUGUCAGCAAAACCAACAGAAAAUAAAAUUAAAUAAAAGGCAAGAAAUUUAGAUCACGAAUCAUUCAAAUUUCACCACUGCUAAAUGGAUAGCACUUUGAAAUGUGGCGCUAAAGCUCACUGAGUCAGUGGAGCACCAAAUUAAAAGGAAAGGCCUCUUGUCUCACGGUAUUUUGCGUGACCAGUUAACGGGUGUCGGGCUGUCAGGAGCAAAUUAGCUGAAAUUGACAAACUUCCUGACACUGAGGCUCAGCAGUGUUCUAGAAUAAAAAUUAGAAUUUUGGGACAUCUGUGAAUUAAUUUCAGGUAGCUCCUUCACAGAUUCAUAAUGUUUCGGAGUUAAACCCUUCAUGUCGUCAUUUGGUGAUGAGUCGGAGGAAGCAGACACUUCGUGAAAGCAGUCCAUAUGAACACAAUCUGCAAAAUGACGAAAGUAUUGGGACAGCACUGACCAGCACUAGGUGUCUUAAACCAUGGAUUCUUGUUCCUCACUGGGCCUCAGUACGAGGCUGCAGUACAGCACAACAUCACACAGGGCCUCACAAUAAAUAAAUUCUGCAUCUAAAUAACUAUAUCGAUAUAGAUAUAGAUAUAUAUUUCAGGCUGGUUAUUGUCAUAUUCAUGUAUUCUACAUAUGAUAGGAAUUUAUAGUCACUCUUAAAGUUUUCUAAUCACACUUGUAGCACAUUUUUCUUUUUGUAAAGCUGUCGCCGAUUUACUUAAAUAUUUGUUAUUACUGUAUUAACUCUAUCGGUUGGCCUAUAUUAAGAUUUUCAUCACUUUCUCAUUUCCACUCUUUUAUAUUCCCUCAUCAUCCCCGUUUUCCCCGUCCCCUCUAACUGUUAAAUGAUCAAAUUUAAAUGAGGUAAUUGAAAGCUAUUCUAGUAUCUAUAUUACCUGGCUCCCUCACCCUGUAAUUAAUCACUUAG